GCCAUCGCCAACCCGCUCGCCCACACACCAUCCCCGCAGCCCGGAUGCUGUCCUUCAUCCGCACCUGGGGCGACAAGUCGCCUGGAGUCGAGAGGCGCAAGUUCUACCGCAAGAUCAAAAAGCUCGGUGAGGGUAGCUAUGGCGUCGUCAAGGAGGCCAUCGACACCCGCGACGGCACCCGGGUCGCCAUCAAGACCAUGAGAAAGUCCAACAUCAACAUGAGCGACCCGAGGGCCAUCCAACGAGUCAAGCGCGAAAUGACCAUCCUUGCCGGGCUCAAGCAUGAAAACAUCGUCAACGUCCGCGAUGCCUUCGAGACCAACACCAAGUACUACAUCGUCUUUGAUCUUGCAACCGGCGGCGAGCUGUUCGACAGAAUUGCCGAGAAAGGCCACUUUACCGAACGAGACGCUGCCCGGAUCAUCUACACCGUUCUGGACGCCCUCAGCUAUCUGCACAGCCACAAAAUUGUCCACAGAGAUCUGAAACCCGAAAACCUGCUCUUCAAGAGCCCUGCUCCCAACGCCCCUCUGCUCCUGGCCGACUUUGGCGUGUCAAACAUUGUCGAGGAUGGGUCGAUGCUCAAGACGGUCGUGGGCAGCCCCGGCUACGUCGCUCCCGAGGUUAUCCGCCGCUCCGGUCACGGCCGACCGGCGGAUGUCUGGAGCGUCGGCAUCAUCGCCUUUAUUUUGCUUUCUGGAUACCACCCCUUCUACCACGCGAAGGAUGCACCGUCGAUGAACCAGGCUGUGAUCAAGGCCGACUUUUCGUUCGAAGCCCCAUACUGGAAUGGCAUCAGCAGCAUGGCCAAGUCUUUUGUUCGGCGGCUGCUCCAGGUGGACCCCAAGCUCAGACCAACGGCCGAGGAGGCCCUGAUUGAUCCUUGGCUCGUCUACUACGACUCGAUCGCUCGCGACCAUGCCCAGAGGGUGCGUGAGCUCCACAGGAAGAAUCAGACCGACAUGUUUCCGGCUCUCUCGCGCGAUCUCCAUGUCCAGCCGCGGACAGAGGAGGUCAGUCGGGAGAUUGUCGCCGUCACCGAACCCAGCGCCCCGGCUCCGUCGGACGAGCGCAACCUUGACGAGGAGGACGACUCUCCCUCCGUCGAGUCCCUCAGUAGAAAGCUGGACAAGAUCGAUCUCAGCUACAUCGACGAGGCUGCCGGCGCUGUUGCCGAGCAGCUACCAAACUUGGUGGAUGUCUGGAACACCGAGAAUCCCGAGGCAGCGUCCCCCUUGGCAGGCAACCCGCACAAGCUGUGGAAGCGUGCGCUGACCAAGAUCUCGAUCGCUCAAGCCUUUGCAAAGGCCAAGGGCUCUUCUGAGCACUCGGAUUCUGAAGACGACGAGCCAGCCGAACAUGGGCCUGUCACGGCUGCACAACCAUAGGCGGCUCUGCCAAGCCCGAGUGGAUCUGGCUUUGCCACGUCGGCCCUCUGGCCGGCUGUGCAUCUGUAUUUGUGAGCACGCCAACGCAAUACAGUCUUUCGGGCGGGUGAACUGAGCUGCGGUGCUAUCGAUCAUGAGCCCCGCUGGCUCGCUGGCAUCCACCAGCUUCCAAUCGCCCGUAUCGCGGCUCGCUCCGCCAAUCACCGCGCGCCUUCCAUAUCCGC